GCACGUGUAGCCAGGUGGAAUGGAAUCUGUAAUUUUGGACGAUUAAACAAGAAAGUGAUUGUUGUUUUUGUUCAUACUGGUUGUAAAUUGGCGGUAAAAUGGCCCUGUUUGUGUUGUAUGAGCACGCCGCCGGAUAUGGGCUGUUCAGCGUGAAGGAGUUCGAAGAGAUUGGUAUGCUGCUGCCUCAGGUCGAGGCAUCGGUUACGGACCUGGCACGGUUCAAUGCAAUCGUCAAGCUGGUCGGUUUCCAUCCGUUCAAAACUGCCGUCGCUGCGCUGAACAAUGUCAAUGCCAUCUCCGAGGGUUUGCUGCCGGACGAUCUGUCCAGCUUUCUCGACACCACGCUACCGAAGUCGGCCAAGAAGAAGCCGGUCACACUCGGUGUGGCGGACGCGAAGCUCGGUGCGGCGAUUGCCGAAGCGCUGAGCGUGCAGUGUUCGCACAUUGGCGCGGUGCCGGAAAUAUUGCGCGGCAUCCGGCAACACUUUGCCAGCAUGGUGAAAGGUUUUAGCAAUCAAUCGGCUGCCGUCGCCCAGCUUGGCCUUGGUCACAGCUAUUCGCGCUGUAAGGUGAAGUUUAACGUGCAUCGGUCGGAUAACAUGAUCAUUCAAUCGAUCGCACUGCUCGAUCAGCUGGACAAGGACGUGAAUACGUUUUCGAUGCGUAUUCGCGAGUGGUACUCGUACCACUUCCCGGAGCUGAUGAAGAUCGUGACGGACAACUACAUGUUCGCGAAGGUGGCACACUUUAUUAAGGAUCGUAAAUCGCUGUCGGACGACAGUUUGGCCGGUUUGGAAGAGAUUACAAUGGAUUCGGAAAAGGCACAAUCGAUCCUGGAUGCGUCCAAGAUGUCGAUGGGCAUGGACAUUUCCGUGGUCGAUCUGAUGAACAUUGAGAUGUUUGCGUUGCGCGUCAUCAAACUGUCCGACUAUCGACAGCAGCUGAGCAACUAUUUGCAUUCGAAGAUGACCAGCGUUGCACCGAAUCUGGCCACCCUAAUCGGUGAUCAGGUCGGUGCUCGGCUCAUCUCGAAGGCUGGCAGUUUGACGAAUUUGGCCAAGUUCCCCGCCUCGACGGUACAAAUUCUUGGCGCCGAAAAGGCUCUAUUCCGUGCGCUCAAGACGAAAAGCAACACACCAAAGUACGGGUUGCUGUUUAACUCUUCGUACAUCGGAAGGGCCAAUGCGAAAAACAAAGGACGCAUAUCCCGAUUCCUGGCGAACAAGUGUACGAUCGCUUCCCGUAUCGAUUGCUUCACCGAAACACCAUCCACCGUGUUUGGGGAAGCGCUUAAAUCGCAGGUCGAGGAACGGCUUAAGUUCUACGAGCAGGGUGAAACGCCACGCAAGAAUCUGGACGUCAUGAAGGCAGCGAUUGAGCUGGCUAAGCAAACGGCCGUGGAGGAACCCAGCAAGAAGAAGAAAAAACGCAAAGCAGAGGACACAAAUGGAAAUGUGAGCGAAAUUAACGGUAGCGGCGAGAAAUCGGCCAAGAAGCGCAAGAAGUCGAAGCUGAACGAUACGAACGGUGGCAAUGAGGAGGAGGGAGUCGCUGCAGAUGAGUCGACCUUGAAUGGUUCCUCCGCCCUGCUCGACAACAGCAGCGCCCAGAUGGACGUUUCGAAUGGUGAAGGGAAGAAGAAGAAAAAGAAGAAAAACAAAAACCGAGAGGCCGAGGUCGAAGCCUGAGGGUAAUGC